AUGAGUCCUGGGUUGGGUGAUAUAAAUAAUGUAAAAUUUGAAUUACAUGGUUUUUCUGGUGCAAGUGUUAAGUCGUUUGGGUGUUGUGUUUAUCUUAGAUUUAUUAAUGCUAAUUUUAGUCGUGCCUCUUUAAUAGCCUCGAAGUCUAGGGUUGCCCCAUUAGGCAAGAACACAAUGCCUCAAUUAGAGCUUUCUGCAACUCUACUUUUAGCAAAGCUAUUAGCAUCUAUUUACGAUCAAUUGAUAUCUAUUUAUAACAUAUCAAAUAUAGUAUAUUGGACUGAUUCAACAAUUUGUUUGCAUUGGAUUUUUAAUACUAAUAAUACCUAUGAACAGUUUGUACAAAAUCGUUUAAAUAAAAUAAGAGAAUUGACUUUAAUUUGUAAUUGGAACUAUAUUGAAUCCUUUAGGAAUCCUGUAGAUAUAAUAUCACGAGGAUCUUCGCCUUAA